CGAGCGGCCUCUCGGGUCCGGCGGUUAUUAUUAGCAGCGUUAUCACCCUCCUCCUCCUCCUCCUCCGGUCCUCCCCUUCCUCCCCCUGCCCAUCCCUCCGCCGCUGCCCCGCCAGCCGCAUCGCUGCCGCCGGACUCGGCUCCGCCGCUGCCUGCGACGCUGCCGGCGGCGGCCUCGGUGCUGCCCGGCCCGGCCCGGCCCGGCCGCGGCGCCCAGGUCCGACGCAUCCGUCGCAGGACGUGAGCGGCGCUUCGCUGACGCCCGGGGCUCCCGUCGCCGGAGCGGGACGGCCGCCUCGGAAGCCCCUUCCAGAGACGCCGCGGCUUGGGGGGCAGCACCCCACGCCGUGCCUUGGCUUUCCCGAAGGCCGCGGGGGGCCGUAGGCUGCUCGUUUCCCAGCGGCGGGCAGGCAGAAGAGUUUGAUGGAGAACCGGUCGGAUGACAGCGGGAACUGUUGUUAUCACCGGGGGAAUCCUAGCGACGGUGAUCCUGCUGUGCAUCAUCGCCGUGCUCUGCUACUGUAGGCUACAGUACUACUGCUGCAAGAAAGAUGAAUCUGAUGAGGAAGAGGAGGAGGAGGAGGAAGAGGAAGAGCCUGACCUUCCCACUCACUCACAUCUCGGCACUUGCAAUGCCUGCAACUCUCGCAUCGUGGACGGCCAGGGCAGCCCCGCGUCCCUACCCAACGAGCUCAACCAGCAAGGGGCUCACAACUACUGCCCGACCUGCUCCCCCUACGGCUCCCCCUUUUACAUACGGACUGCCGACAUGGUGCGCAACGGGGGCGAGAGGAUCACCUACACGCCCACGUGCUACAAGGAGAUGGGGCAGCCCAUCGGCAUGGCGACCCUCCAAGGCUACCCGGUGAGCCGCCACGGCGUCCUUCGCGAGAGCUUCCCAAACCCGAGGGCUAUCAGUACAGAAGUAUAAUCACCAUCGUCACUAGCACAGGGUGCUCCAAGCAGACGCCCGCUCGAGGGAAGGGGCUUUUCACUUGUAUUUGUGGGGGUUCGUGCAGAGAGGACCUCGUAGUCCAGUCCAAGACCAGCACAGUCCUCCUGCUGAACUGCCCGGCACUGCUAAGCUUUAUGGGUAAGCAGAUGAGAGAGACGUCAAAGGACGACGUUAGAACAGUGAUCCUUGAACCCGUAAUAAGUGUAAUUGUUAUUCUACUCUAUCUCCUGAAUGGACUUGUCUAAUGAGGGCUAUGUACAGUACAAACUAACCUAACUAUCCAAGACUUCCCUGACCUUCCAGACUUCCCGAGCCUAGAACGAGGUCUUUGGUGUCUACACUAAGCAACCCUACCUGUCACUACCCAAGGCAAUACCCGCAGCCUCCAGGAUGGAUGAGCCGAGCACAAAGAGCAACGCGUGGCAUCCCGGGAGCCGCUGCCUCCAGCAGUGAUGGCAGCAACGGGGCGGAGGGAAGGAGAGAGGCGGAAAAUCCCAACACCGAGUGCUCCUACCUGAUGGAAGAGCAAAUAAGCAAAGGUUUUGAUUGUUCUUCUCCCCUCGUACUGCAUUAGUUUCCAUUAAUGGUUAGCUUUUCUAUUAGAAGGUAAAAUAGGACACUGUCUCCUACCUGCUUCAGUCUUUACACACACUGAAGAAGUUAGAGGAAAUGAAUUUAGAUGACUGCAAGGGAGGCGAAGGGGCUGGCAAAACUACUCACAUAUGCUAAUGGACACAGGUUGAUCCUUCUGCUUCCAAAGCCCCCACACCUUUUAAUCUUCACAAGCUUUCUUAGGAGUGAUUUUUAACUUGGGCUGAUAAAAAUGUCAAGAUUUUACUUACAGGAAGAAUUGCACCUUCAAGGAAAUGUGGUAUGGAUCACCUUCAGCGUUCAAAGCCCUCAGAUUACCCUGACAUUUCUGGCAAGCUGUAAGGAAGAUUGCAUUUAGGACAGCUUUUGCUUUUGACAGCAACAGAGGAGCCCACCAGGUCACUUUUCCUCCUUUGCCGGGACUGUGACCUCCAGUGGGGCACCCCUCCUUUCCUUUCUGAAGAGGAGGAUGUGAGACCUGAGCCUGGGUUCAUUGGCUCUGCGGCCGGUAAUGACAACUUGGCCAGUGACUCUGUCUUUCUGCAAAAAUGAAUGUGGGAAAGUUCCUUCUUCCUCCAUAAAUCAAAUUAGGUGAAAAAUUACUAAAAAGGCAUCUCCGUCAUUCACAGGCACUUCCAUAGCAACCAAAGCAGGAUGGGUCUGCUGAGCACUUCUCAUUCAUGGUAGGGAGGAGGGACCCAGACAGCAAAGAUUCCCAUAGCCUUACGGAUGCUAUUAGAAGGAAUAGCAGGAAAAUGGUUACCCUGCUUUUGCAAUAUGUGGUAGAACUGCUCAGAAAUAUGAGUGGGGCUUUUUUCACUACUACAAUUUUGAAAUUGGCCUGCUGCUCGCAGAAGGAUUUGGACUGAGCAGUCUUAACUUCCCUAUUUAUGCGUGGCUAGAAUAGGUCUCAGUAUGAAGGCACGUGUUGCCUGAGCCUCAGUCAGCUAUGUUAUCAGACAUAAGGCUACCCUACACUUUAGACCGGUUCAUGCCUUGGCAUCUCUGCUCAGACUACCAGAAAAGAGCGGGCCAAAUGAAUAGUAAGUAUGAUGAAGGUCCUUGUAACCCAAACACCUUUCCCCAGCCCCCAUUUAUGCAGCCUUUUGUUCAACAUUAUUCACCAUCUCCCCCACCUCCAGACCAGAAAGACACUGCAUUUCCAUUAUCUCGAGACUCAGUGUAGCUGCAUCUCUUUGUAUUACAGAGUCUCUUUCAAUUCUCCAAAUAGUGAUAGCAGGUCUUUAAACGGUCUCUCACAUUACAGGCAUGUAGGAAGGAAGAAGAAAAUCAGACUGUAGCAACAAAGUGCUUUGGAUCACACUAGCUGAUAGUCCAUAGCUCCCACUGCUGCCUGUCCAGACAGUACUCUUCCCUGAUAAUAUAGUCUGACUGUUCUUCUUGGCUAAUUCGGUGAACCCUGUUCUUUCCUGUUAGAGCAUCUGCCCAGCUAAGCCUCCACCCUCCUAGGAGCCAUAAGAAGUUCAGGUGCCGCAGUGUGAGCUGCGGGCUCCCACCUGCACCGCUCUGCCAGG